AAUGUACUUGUUCACUGACAUGAUUUCAUUGAUCAUAAAAUUUAAAUUCUGGAAAAGUUUCGUUACCUAAGAUUGAAUAUGUUAAAGCUGUGAAAUGCGAAAGUUGUUAAAUAAUUUUAAGGGGAAAACACGGCAUAAUUUGGUAACGUUUUUCAAAUUGAGAUCAACAAUGGAUCCCCUCCAAUUUGGAAUCCUGUGGAGAUUAUUCAAAUGCUCUAUUAAUCCCCGAUUAAUCCCAGCGUGUCAACCAAAUUCUCAUCUUCAUCCAAAAAAAAAAUUGUCUUUAGACAGUAAGUACUUUUAAAUUUUUCAGGGUUAUGACAUGAUCACUUACUAUUCCAUGAUAGUGAACAGAAAACAAAGAAAUAUAUUUCAAUGGCACUGAUGGGUAUGUGGUUGAAAUUUGCACGAUCAAGAGCGAGUUUCCUUACUUCCACAUCGACUUCAUCAUCCAUUUUGUGUUUGUGUAAAUAUGUUCCUGGAAAAACUUUCUCCACCUACCAGAGAUCAAAUGGAUUUUCGAGGAAAAAACAAGUAUUUAUUCUCUUAGCUGCAGGCAUUGGUGGUGGUUUUCUCUACAGUUGGAGUAAGAAACUUGAAAAUACAUAUCUUGACCACGAAAUGAAAGAAUUGGAUGAACUCAUUCACUUUGCUCAAGAAUCUCAGAGCAAUAAAAGUCGGACAGAAUAUUCCAUUCAACUUUAUAUGAAAGCAUUGCAAAGAGUAAAGACACUUAUUGAAUCAGAAGUUAAAUCUCAACGCAGAAUGAAUAUUUUGACGACCAAGUUCGUUUACAUUAUUGAUCAGUUAGCGAAUCUUUUCAAUAAAACGGGAAAGUUAGAUGAAGCUGAAGACUAUUACAAGCAAACAGUUCAAGCCUUGAUCCAUCACGGCACAGCUAAGGAUGACGAUGCCAUUGUUGAAAUUUCUUUGAAACUAGCUAGCAUAUAUGCUCAACAGAGAAGACGUGAACUUGCAGAAAACGGUUUUAAUUGGUGCAUUGAUACUUUGCGACAGAAAAAGCACCGUUCACAAAACUUCGAUAUAAACAGUGCUGCACUUCUUGGCAUCUGUCUGGAAAGUUACGGCAAAUAUCAAAUGGUUGAAGGUGAUCCUACUCGGGCUGUUUUGGUUUUCACUGAAGCACUAGACCUAUCAAGGACAGUGUUUGGACCAAAUAAUGAACAGGUUGCUCUUUCCCUAAAUAAUCUGGCUGUUGCUCAUAACGAAACAGGAAGUGUAGAAUACGCAAAGGAAUUACUUAACGAAGCUAUAGAUCUUGCUAUUAAAGUGAACUAUGUCGAUCUAUGGUCAUUGCACUACAAUUUGGCUAAUGUUUUAUCACAGAAUGGAGAAUUGGAUUAUGCUAAAACUGAGUUCAAGAAAGCAGUAGAGUUUUGUCAAGAUGAAGAUACUAAAAAAAGAAUAGAAGCUGAAUUGAAAGACGUAGCCUAAUUUGAGAAAAAAUGGGAUUUCAAAAAUUAACAUUUUUAUCAAAAAUAUGGUGAAAUUAAUUAUUGUAUAAAGACUCUUCUAUUCAAUCUUUUCAACUCUUCUCUUCUUCACAAUAUUUUCGAAGUCUUUAGUGGGUCUAAACUCCAUAACGUAUUUAAUGAUGAUUAUACUAGGCCAAACGAUGUAAAAUGUGCUUGCAAACACGAAUAUUAUCCAGAAA